AUGUGCAACGAGUCGAGGCUCCUGGUCGACGACGAGGAGAAGUUCAUCAGAAAUGGCGAGCCCACGGAAGCUGCCAUCCGGGUCUUGGUCGAGAAGCUCGGCUGCCCGGACCAGGCGCUCAACCAGAGAUGCUACCAGAAAGACAAGAGGUCGAAGGAAGAUGCCAUGGCUUUCUCGCAGUACUGGGAGAAGGGCAUGGAGAAGAAGGCCGUCCUGGAAUUCAGCCGGGACCGGAAGUCCAUGAGUGUGCUGUGGAACGACAGCUCUGCUGGUAGCAACGUCCUCUUCGCCAAGGGAGCUCCGGAGAUGCUCGUAAAGCGAUGCUCCAAGAUCAUGCUGCCCGACGGAAAGGUCGAACCGCUGACGGACAAGUGGCGAAAUGCCAUCGAAGGUGAGCUGCAGUCCAUGGCACGGUCGGCGCUGCGAACCAUGGGCCAUGCGCUCCUCGCAGAGCCAGCGAAAUUCGCUGAGAUUGAGAUGACCUUUGUGGGCAUGGUUGGCAUCCUGGACCCCCCGCGACCAGAGUGUAGCCCCGCCAUUGAGGCAUGCCGCGUCGCCGGUAUCAGCGUCAUCAUGAUCACGGGUGACAACAAGACGACAGCUGAGGCCAUCUCCCAAAAGCUGGGGAUCCUGGCGCCUUCGGGCGGCCACAAGGAGAACUCCUUCACUGGACAGGAGUUCGAGGCGCUCUCCGAGGAUCGCAAGGUCGAGGUGCUGCAGAAGAUCAUGGAGCGCAGAGAUAUCGAAGGUGCAGUGUUUUCCCGUACUGAGCCCAAGCACAAGCAGCUUAUUGUCAAGAUCCUCAAGUCAUUAGACGAGAUUGCAGCCAUGACUGGCGACGGCGUCAACGAUGCCCCGGCUUUGAAGCAGGCCGACAUUGGCAUCGCCAUGGGCAUCGCAGGUACCGAGGUGGCGAAGGAAGCCUCCGACAUGGUCCUGGCCGACGACAACUUCACGAGCAUCGUGGCUGCCGUGGAGGAAGGCCGAUCCAUCUACAACAACAUGAAGGCCUUCAUCCGAUACAUGAUCUCGUCCAAUGUCGGAGAAGUUGCAGCCAUCUUCAUCACGGCUGCCCUCGGCGUGCCGGAGGGCCUCACACCAGUCCAGCUCCUUUGGGUGAACCUGGUCACCGAUGGCCCCCCGGCCACUGCACUUGGUUUCAACCCUCCUGACCUGGAUGUGAUGAAGAAAGCGCCGCGACGGAAAGACGACGCUCUGAUCUCCGUCUGGUCCUACGUCCGCUACUUCGUGGUCGGCGCAUAUGUCGGCUGCGCUGUCGUUGGCAUCUUCAUGUACUGGUACAUCCUGGAUGUCAACCCAGAUGGUCACAGCUUGGUCACAUUAGAACAGCUGCUGACAUGGGGCAACUGCCAGCAGUGGAAGGACCUCCUUGGCCUUCCCUCCUUUGUCCUGACACCGGAGCAGCGAAUUUCCGAGAUGGACUUCAGAGUAAACAGCUAUGAAGGUAUGAGCUGCGUGGCACAAGAGCAAGGGGGCUUCUCUAGCGAUCCAUGCUCGUACUUCACCGAGGGCAAGAUCAAGGCAUGGACACCGGCGUCCACGCUGUCCUUGACGGUUUUGGUGGUCAUCGAGAUGCUCAAUGCCUUCAACGCGUUGUCCGAGGACGGUUCAUUGGUGCAGAUGCCGCCUUGGGCCAAUCCGUACCUCAUUGUGGCCGCCAGCAUUUCCAUUGGUUGCCACUUCGUCAUCCUGUACAUCCCUGGCCUGGCCUGGGGCCCAGCCGGGCCGCGGCUCCCGCAGGGGACGAGACGCGCAGAGAAGUUCCGAAGGGAACGGAAGUGGGCACAGUUGCUACUUUGCGUAGACUUCGGUCAACGUGGGGCUUUGACGAGCCAUCAAGGAAGAUCGUCACGGACAGACAGAGAGACAGAGCAUACCUUGGCUGUUCGCCAGUUUUGA